AUGUCUGCGCGCCCCUCUGCCACCCCAACCCCAUCCUCUACUCAGAGCUCUUCCUCGGCUCUGGGAUCGCCUGCUAUCCUGACUGACUACGAACCGCUGGAGAUUAUCGGCAAUGGGAGUUUUGGGAUCAUCAGAAAGGUGCGGAGGAAGACCGACGGCGUGCUACUGGCUAGGAAAGAACUGAACUUUGAACGUAUGACAGAGCGUGACAGGAAGCAAAUCGUAGCUGAGGUCAAUAUCCUCAAAGAGUUACAGCACGACAACAUCGUGCGGUAUCAUGACCGCUUCGUCGAUCGUGAACACGGUAUUCUCUAUAUCCUGAUGGAGUACUGCGGCGGUGGUGAUCUAUCCGGUAUCAUCAAACAAUCACGCAAGCUCAAGCAGCCCGUCCCCGAGGACACAAUUUGGGCGUACCUAACCCAGCUACUGUACGCCCUUCAUUACUGCCAUCAUCCCGGCGCUCCACUCCCUGGUGCAGGAGGCGCCCAGGGACCAGAGGCGGGACAGAUAGACUGUAGAGAAGGCAAACAAGUGAUACUACACAGAGAUCUGAAGCCGGAGAACGUUUUCCUCGAUGCAAAUGGCUCAAUUAAGCUUGGCGACUUCGGAUUAUCCAAAGCCAUUUCCAGCUCCACCUUUGCAAAUACCUAUGUCGGGACUCCCUACUACAUGUCCCCGGAACUAAUUAAUGACAGUCCAUACGAUAUCAAAUCCGACAUUUGGGCUCUCGGAUGCUUGCUGUACGAGCUUUGUGCCUGGAAUCCCCCUUUCCAUGCGGCACAGACACAUCAGGAGCUCGCCGUGCAUAUCCGGAGCGGUCGCAUUCCACCUCUCCCGAAACAGUACUCCAGCACGCUUGUCGGGGUUAUCAAGUCCAUGUUGAGCCAGGCUGUGCGUUCCAAGCGUCAUGGCGGGAUGCCAAGCUUAUGUUAUCCCUUCAUAGCCGCACGCACGCCCUAG